AUGCGAAUAGUUAUACAAAAAGUAACAAACGGAAAGGUUUUAUUUAAAGACGAGAUAAUAAGAGAGAUUAACGAUGGUCACAUAUUUUAUGUAGGGAUAGCGGCCGAAGAUACAGAAGAAAAAUUGGAAGAAUAUAAAAAAUGGAUUAUUAAAUUUAUUGAAGACACUAAGCAAGACGCGCUUUUACUUUCACAAUUCACGCUUUUUGCGCAAUUUAAUGGAAAAAAACCUUCAUUUCACAAUGCAAAGAAUAAUAAUGAAGCACGUAAAAUGUUUGAAAAGUUGGUAGAUGAAGUUAAGAAAAAUAUCAAAACAAAAGUAGAAAGUGGACUUUUUGGUGAAUGUUUAGAUAUAAUUUAUUCCUCUGAAGCUGUAGAAACUAUUUACAAAGAUUUUAAUAAAUAA